AUGGAACUGUUCGCCGACGUCGUCCCUCGCACCGCCGAGAACUUCCGCGCUCUGUGCACUAGAGAGAAAGGCGUUGGAAAAUCCGGCAAGCCACCUCACGACAAAGGCUCCGAUUUCCACCAUGUAAUCCUGAAUUCAUGUGCCAGGGAGGCGAUUUUACCGCCGGAAAUGGCAUCGGUGGAGAGUCAAUAUAUGGAUCCAAGUUUGCCGAUGAGAAUUUUGCGAAGAAGCACACUGGUCCUAGUAUUCUGUCCAUGGCCAAUUCUGGACCUGGAACCAACGGAUCUCAAUUUUUCAUCUGUACUGCGAAAACAGAAUGGCUUGAUGGUAAACACGUGUUUAGGCAAGUAG